UUUUCCGUUAAGAAUGGUGAUCGACCACCAACUAGUUUUAUAACUCUUACUGCUUAACGUGUGGUUAGUCUACAUUUGACUAUUGUUAAAUUUUGUUGAUGUUUUAGACUCUACCUAACUUAAAACGUAAAGAAUGUGAUUCCAUUCCUUUUAUAUGAAUAUAAUGUGAAAAUAUAAAUGAAAUUAUAAUUAUACAUAUAAAUCACUGUCUGGGGACAGCUUCCACUAAGUAUAAAAAGAAAAAUAUUACGUUUUUCUGUAUUUGUUAUAUCAUUAAACAUAAACAAUGCUCUUGGCUGGGUACAACAUCUCUCACAUACACCAAACAAUACAAUCUAGGAAGAAAAAUCCAAAAUCCAAUUUGCGUUGACUACAGUAACAACGGACAAGGGAAUCAAAAGACAAACCUACCUUGUUUGGAAAUCAUGAUGUAUUUUCCUUUGUUCUUGGUGAUCUUGGGGUUGGUUAUAAAGUUGAUGUGGGUGAAUAGUGUGUACCGUUGUUGUGGAAGUGACAAUGGAUGGUAGUCAGAGAGGAUGGCUUCGGCCUCGCUACAAUUCACCUAAGGUGCAAGUGGGCUUGAUAGGGCUGAUUUGCUUCUGCUGUCCAGGAAUGUUCAGUGCCCUCUCAAGCAUGGGAGGUGGCGGGCAAGUGGACCACACUGUGGCUAACAAUGCAAACACAGCCCUGUACACAGCAUUUGCAAUCUUUGGCAUAUUAGGUGGUGGAAUAUACAACAUACUGGGCCCCCAUAUGACUCUCUUCACAGGCUGUAGUACUUAUGUCCUGUAUGCAGCUUCAUUCCUGUACUACAAUCAUAAGCACAACAGUACCUUUGUAAUAAUUGCAGGGGCCCUACUGGGGGUGGGAGCAGGGAUUCUGUGGGCAGGGCAAGGUGCAAUCAUGACCUCCUAUCCUACUGAAGACAGAAAGGGGGUGUAUAUCUCCUUGUUUUGGACUGUUUUCAGCUUUGGUGGGGUGGUAGGAGGCUUCAUUCCCUUCAUUCUAAACUACUCAAGCAAUGAUGCAUCUGUGAAUGAUGGAACAUACAUAGCAUUCAUGAGCUUCAUGGCCCUUGGAACAAUUCUUACAUUGGGUCUACUGCAUCCUGAUAGGGUCAUCAGGGAUGAUGGCAGCAAGGUCACCCUUGUAAAGUAUUCUGAUGUGUGGAUCGAGGCCUGCGAGAUUAUGAAACUGUUUAAGAACAGGAAUAUGCUGCUUUUGACUCCUGCUUAUUGGGCUAGCAGCUUUUUUAUAACUUAUCAAUACAACAAUGUGAAUGGGCUGAUAUUCAAUGUGAGGAGCAGGGGCUUGAACAGUGCUUUUUAUUGGGUGGCUCAGAUUCUGGGAUCUAUAGGGAUUGGGUAUGUGUUGGACUUCAGCUGUAAGAGCAGAAGGAAAAGGGGAUUUAUUGGGGUGGGCAUUGUGGCAUUGUUGGGUACAGCAAUUUGGGGUGGAGGCCUUGCGAACCAGCUGAAAUAUGAUUCAAACAAGUCUGCACUGAAAGAUUUGGACUUCAAGAAUUCUGGUUCUGCCUAUGCAGGGCCAUUUGUACUGUAUUUCUCUUAUGGGUUACUGGAUGCCAUGUUUCAGAUCCUCUGUUAUUGGACAAUUGGAGCUCUGGCUGACGAUUCACAGACUCUAAGUAGAUACAGUGGGUUCUAUAAAGGAGUACAGAGUGCAGGAGCAGCUGUAGCAUGGCAGAUUGAUACUCAGAAGACUUCAUUGCUGGCACAGCUCCUCAUCGAUUGGGGGCUUACUAGUCUCAGCUAUCCCUUGGUUUUCUUGGUGAUUAUUUUGUCUGUGACUGAUGGUACGCCCAAGCAAGAAAUCAAGGAAGACGGGUUGGAGCAACCUGCCAGCAUCAAUUUUACAAUCGAAUCUCUUGAAAAUAGUUCUGCCACAGGCCAAUAAAUCUUAUAUUCUUUACAAUAAGUAUUCCUUGCCAUGGAGACUUUGAUAGCAGUUGAAUCCACCAUUGUUGCUAAAUGUUUUUUGGGCACGAAGAUGAUCCAUAUGUUGUAGAUAAGAUUGAAAAGUUGAUCCUGGCAGGUUGCUCCACAAUUUAAAGGAUUCGUUGUUUUCAUGCUUUCAUUUUUAGUUUGUUCCAACUAUUCAAAUAGGAAUUACAAAAUAAGCAAGUGGAGUCCACUGUAGACAUAUAGUAUUUAACAUAAAAACUAAUUUUAUGUUAGUUUAUUGGUAGGGUUUUACAAGAAUGAUGCUCAUGUGGUGCUCAUAUUUAUAGAGGAGGGAUUUUCAAUUUCUAGUUUUUUAAGGAAAGAAAAGUUCAUUGCUAGUGAAGAUAGUUGGAUGUCAAGAUAAUCUACCAUCUAUGACAUGUUAGAAUCACAUGUUUAUGUUUCUAGGUAUUGUAUCUCAAUUUGCAUUGUCAUAGUUUUUAUCUCAA